AGUUGGCUUAUCAUUCUGAAACUCUGCCGUUGUAUGCUGUCUAAUCUAGAUUUAUCUUGUCCGAUCGAAUCUAAUAAACGCCCCUUAAAAGAAUAAUUUUCCAAUUUUCUUUUAUUUGAUUUACUUCGAAUUGCAUUUACAGCUCUAGCAACAUCCUCACACCGCCAGAACCAGUAACCAGAACCCGGGACACUUCUUUGCAGAAGUCCGAUGCAGACCCUGACUGCAAUAGCCUAGCUGUAUCCCAACCUCCACAAUUCUCUUUGGUCCUCUACGAGUCUCAAACCUUAUUCGCCUCUGUCUGUCUGAACAAUCUCCUCGAGACCCACUUCGGUUUGAUAUCUUCUAUAGCCAAAUCUGCAAUUUCUCAUCAAAAUCACAUUUCUUCUUCAUUUCCGGCUUUGAAUUUAGCUGUAAGAGUCGCAUAACAGAAAUGGCCUACUGUUGUUGUACUUCUGCCCCUUCAAGCUUCCAUCACCUGGUCACCAACUUCCCUCCGCAUUCCAAAAGACUCAAGAUUCCUCACCAGAAUAGAUGGCCUGAUGGGACCCAAAGAACUUCCAAAGUUUAUGCUUAUCAUGGCUUGAAGACACCUCCAUACAAACUUGAUGCUUUAGAACCCUAUAUGAGUCAAAGGACAUUGGAGAUGCAUUGGGGGGCGCAUCAUCGUGGUUAUGUGGAAGGUUUGAACAAACAACUGGAGAAGAAUGACGCACUAUAUGGCCUCACCAUGGAUGAACUUGUCAAAGUAACGUAUAAUAAUGGAAACCCAUUACCGGAGUUUAAUAAUGCUGCUCAGGUUUGGAAUCAUGAUUUCUUUUGGGAAUCAAUGCAACCUGGAGGAGGGGACACACCUAAGUUAGGUUUACUUAAGCAAAUUGAAAAGGAUUUUGGUUCCUUCACAAAUUUCAGAGAGAACUUUAUAGAAGCAGCACUUACUCUAUUUGGCUCUGGUUGGGUUUGGCUUGUUUUGAAGAGGAAAGAGAGAAGACUUGAAAUAAUUAAAACAUCCAAUGCUAUUACCCCUCUUGUUUGGGAUGACAUACCCAUAAUCAGUUUGGACGUGUGGGAGCAUUCAUAUUAUUUGGAUUACAAGAAUGACAAGGGAAAGUAUGUGAGCAUGUUCAUGAAUCAACUUGUUUCUUGGGAUGCUGCAACUGCACGCAUAAUGCGUGCCGAGGCUUUUGUGAAUUUAGGUGAACCUAAAAUUCCUGUUGCCUAAAACACCAACAACGAUGGAAGCUUGUUUUGGAAUAUUUAUGCUGCUGAUGGUAGGUCGGUUCUGGUGGAUCUGAAUUUAGUCACGUUUUGGUAAAACGUCCCAGGGUUUUGAAUUCUACUUCUGCACCGCUUAGCUAUUUGCACGAGAGAGUUCGAUGGCAUUGUUGUUUUAGUGUAUUGAGCCGAGGAGAGAAUUUUGCGUCCAACUUAUUCUGAGGGAUGCUGUGUCAAAGCAGCUAUCAACCUAUUAAGGGGUAAAAUAUUUCUAAAAGCAACAAUUGACCGAUAGUUCAAAGAUUAUUAUUUCAUUAAUAUGAUGUAUUACAAAUUGUAUGCAUGGCUCUUCACAUUGGUCUUGUGUACCACAUCAUUUGAUGAUGUGUUACAAAUGGCACACAUGGCUCUAUUUCAUUGGUUAUGUGUACCACAUUGUUUGUACACGACAUGUACUGAAAAUUUUCUCUAUACUUCUUUAAGAAAAAUACCAUUAACAUUC